CACCUGCGUGGCGGCCGCGGCGGUAUCAAUAGCCCCCGCCACCUGAUAAGCCGCUCUCCCGAGCCACUGGUCAUUGCACGGACGGACGGACUCCAGCUAUUUAAGGUUCUGCGCCGGCCACAGUGACUCCAUUCCCCAUUCACGGCUAUCAGCUGCGUGCGCGCGUACCGAAGACAUUGUAGUUUUGUUCUUUACUGGCCAGAGAUUACAGGAGGAGCUUCCUCGACAACGAAAAUGCUGCGAAUUGUCUCAGUUUUGGCCUUGAUUUUGGCCACUGUCAGUGCCACCAAUGUAAAACAGUGCAAGGACAAACCGUUUCCACUGGCCGUGCGAGUCGCGGACUGCGAGGAGCCGCCAUGCGUGGUAUACAAGGGCACAUAUGCGAUAAUGGAGGUCCACUUUCUGGGCAAUAACAACAACAUCAAGAGCAUCACUACCACUACAACAGCCAGGGUCCUGGGCAUGAAUCUGCCGUAUGACCUGCCCGAGGAAGUGUCCGAUGUGUGCCGCAAUCUCCUCUACGGCGCCAUGUGCCCCAUCGACAAGGACGAGGACGUGACAUACCAGUUCAACUUUUACGUGGAACCCGUGUUCCCCGAGAUCACGGCGGAUGUUACUGUCACGCUGAACGAUGUCAACGGCGAACCGAUCACCUGCUUCGUGGUCAGCUGCAAAAUUCGGAAGGGAGCAACUGCGACGCAACGAGACGAGUACUUGUUGGACUGGACGAACCCCCACUCCGAGUAGCGGCCACGACGAUGCGCUCUAGUCCAGCCACCGGGGCCAACUGACUUACUGAAUAUUAUCACCAUUAUUCUUCGACGAGCAAUAAACUCAGAACUCAGCAGCCGAUA